AUGGAGUAUUCCCGUAAAGUAGUGUCCGUGAUGAAGUAUUCCAGUAAAGUAGUGUCCAUGAUGAGGUAUUCCAGUAAAGUAGUGUCCACGAUGGAGUAUCCCAGUAAAGUAGUGCCCACGAUAGAGUAUCCCAGUAAAGUAGUCUCCACGAUGAAGUAUCCCAGUAAAGUAGUGUCCGUGAUGAAGUAUUCCAGUAAAGUAGUGUCCACGAUGGAGUAUCCCAGUAAAGUAGUGUCCACGAUGAAGUAUCCCAGUAAAGUAGUGUCCGUGAUGAAGUAUCCCAGUAAAGUAGAGUCCACGAUGGAGUAUCCCAGUAAAGUAGUGCCCACGAUGGAGUAUCCCAGUAAAGUAGUGUCCACGAUGGAGUAUCCCAGUAAAGUAGUGUCCACAAUGGAGUAUGCCAGUAAAGUAGUCCACGAUGAAAUAUCCCAGUAA